AUGUGUGUGUGUUUAGAAGCUUUCAAAGAAUCCCUUAAGUAUCAUCUACCAGGGUUAAAUGAGGAUAGUCUCAAGUUGGCACUGAAGGGUAUCGCUGUAAAAGAUGACCUCCAAACUUAUAAUUGGGUUAGGUUCGUCACAACCUAUCUCCAACCACAGUGUGAUUUUGUCUGGGCUGGGAAGGAGAUUGACAAAGCACUUGUUAGUUCUACGUAUAUCAACGGCAGUGAGUUCUCUUUAUCAGAUUUGGCUAUUUGGACUUUUCUAGAAAUCAAUCCAGAUUGGCACAAACUCAAUGAGUCAUACAAAACUGAUAGCUCCGUAAAGUCGUUUGUUAAUCUUAAACAAUACUAUGAUCGACUUAUAACCUUACCAUCAGUUCGGAAACUUAAAACAGAAAUCUAUGAAUCACGGCUACAGCCAAGAGGCGUAUCAGUUAACUCAGAGCCACCUAGUAAUACUAUUGGUAAAACUCAUGCGUCUGAUAUGCUAUUUGAAAAGGGAGGGAAGUUCGGUGAACUUCCUGGUGCGAGAGUUGGGGAGGUAGUCGUUCGUUUUCCUCCGGAAGCCAGUGGAUAUUUGCAUAUUGGACAUGCCAAAGCAGCGCUUCUAAAUCAACACUAUAGGGAUAUUUUCAAAGGUCGUUUGAUAUUACGUUUUGAUGAUACUAAUCCUGAUAAAGAAAAAGAAUGCUUUGAAAAGUCGAUUCUUUCAGAUCUUCCUCGAAUUGGUGUCACAUGGGAUGCUAUAUCGUCAACAUCUGAUCAUUUUGAUGAGAUGUUAAAACUGUGUGAACAACUAAUCAAGGAAGGCAAAGCAUAUGUUGAUAACACAGACACGGAAACUAUUCGUGUACAGAGGGAAGCACGCCAAAUGUCCGCUUGUAGAGAUAAUUCUAUCGAACAAAAUUUGGCUUGGUGGGGAGAAAUGAAAAAGGGGACGGAACAAGGACUAAAAUGUUGCGUACGUGCUAAAAUUGAUAUGUUUUCUAAUAACGGUGCUUUACGUGAUCCUACAAUAUAUCGUUGUAAAAUAGAACCCCAUGUUCGGACAGGUUCUAAAUAUAAAGUGUAUCCGUUGUAUGAUUUUGCCUGCCCAGUAGUGGAUAGUAUUGAAGGCGUAACCCACGCUUUGCGAACAUCUGAAUAUAAUGAUAGAAAUGAACAGUAUGCAUGGAUAUGUAAAAGUUUAGGUAUACGUUGUCCAAUUGUGAUCGACUAUAGCCGUCUUGCUCUACAAAAUACAGUCCUGUCAAAACGUAAACUCGCAUGGUUUGUAGAAGAAGGAAUUGUUGAUGGAUGGGAUGAUCCAAGAAUGCCUACAGUUUCUGGUAUACUUCGUCAUGGUAUGACCGCCGAAGGAUUACGUCAAUUUAUUUUGGCCCAAGGGUCUAGUCGGUCUUCUGCUUUGAUGGAAUGGGAUAAAAUCUGGUCAUUUAAUAAGAAAAUAAUUGAGCCUGUAGCACCAAGAACUACUGCUCUCUUACUGGACUCAUCAUAUAUGGGUCAUAAUGGUACGCCUCCAGGUCUGGUUCGUGUUCACAUUCAUGGCCAAACCGGCUAUACUGAGAAAAAGGUGCAAAUCCACCCGAAAAACGAAUCUCUUGGAUACCGUUCAAUUUUACUUGGUCCAGAAGUGUUCGUUGAGCAAGCCGAUGCAUUAUGUUUUAAAAAAGGCGAGAAUGUAACCUUCAUCAAUUGGGGUAAUCUUCGAAUAAUGGAUAUACAUAGAGAAGGUCAAUUAAUAGUAUCCAUCGACGCUUGUCUUAAUUUAGAAGAUACUGAUUACAAGAAAACACUAAAAAUCACUUGGCUAACAGAUCCUAAAGAUUCUCAUCUUCCAUUAAUUCCAGUCAGUUGUCUAACAUACGAUAAUCUUUUAAAUAAAGCAAUUUUGGGAAAAGAUGAUGACUUCAAGCUAUAUGUCAAUAAAUGCUCAAAAAAAGAGCAAUGCUUACUUGGUGAUCCUGACUUACGUCAUGUUAAAAAAGGUGACAUAAUUCAGAUUCAACGUCGUGGUUUCUUCAUUUGCGAUGCACCAUAUGAAUCAGCUUGCUUAGCUACUGGCCACGAAUCACCUUGUGUUUUAAUUAACAUUCCUGAUGGUUCAUCCAAAGACGAUAAUGCUGCUAUGAAUUCUAAGGUUGAGUCUUCAAAGUCAGGAUCUGUCAAAACCAAUAAAACUGUUAAGAUUGAAAAUCUGACACCGGAAGAAGCAGCUAAAGCAGCUGAACAACAACGUCGAAAAGAAGAGAAAAAAGAAGCAAGAAAAGAGGGCAAAUUAAAAGCUAAACAACAACAAUCAUCAGAAAAUAAACUAAAAACGACAGUAGUUGGUCACGAGACAAUCAAUAAACCAACUUCUGAUAAAUUAAUGUAUAAACAAUCCAAUCAGAGUGAUUCAAUAAAGUGUGUACAAUCGAAACCAGUAUCUCCAAAAGUAGUCGUCAAAAAUGAGUCAUUAUUAAAAAUGUCUGGGACUAAAAAACAAUCUAAAUUAGCUAUCGAAGCAUCAAAAGAAACUGAUUUCUCUGAUUGGUACUCCGAACUAAUUAUAAAAUCCGAAUUACUAGACUAUUAUGAUAUCAGUGGAUGUUAUAUUCUCCGUCCAUGGGCUUAUCAUAUAUGGCAGUCUAUUCAACGUUUUAUGGACGAAAAACUCAAAUUGAUGGGUAUAGAAAAUGCUUAUUUCCCGAUGUUUGUCUCAAAAUCAGCAUUGGAACGUGAAAAGAACCAUGUGACUGAUUUUGCACCUGAAGUAGCUUGGGUGACGAAGUCAGGUGAUACAGAUCUAGCAGAGCCAAUCGCUAUUCGACCAACCAGUGAGACAAUUAUGUAUCCAAUAUUUGCGAAAUGGAUUCAAUCUCAUCGCGAUUUACCACUUCGUAUAAAUCAGUGGAGUAAUGUUGUUCGGUGGGAAUUUAAACAUCCACAACCUUUUCUACGUACACGUGAAUUCCUUUGGCAAGAAGGACAUACCGCUUUUGCAGAAAAAGCCGAUGCUGAAGCAGAGGUUCGUGUAAUAUUGGAUCUGUAUGCUGAAGUUUACGAAUAUUUACUUGCAGUUCCUGUGGUUAAAGGGCGUAAAACUGAACGUGAAAAAUUCGCCGGUGCAGAUUAUACGACAACUGUGGAAAUUUAUAUUGAUGGGAAUGGACGUGCAAUUCAAGGUGCUACAUCACAUCAUUUAGGUCAGAACUUUAGUCGUAUGUUUGAUGUGACAUAUGAUCAUCCAGUGACUGGUAAACCUGCCUACGUCUAUCAAAAUUCUUGGGGUCUUACCACUCGUACACUAGGUGUUUUAAUUAUGGUACAUAGUGAUGACAAAGGUCUUGUAUUACCACCGAGAGUUGCACCAUAUCAGAUUGUUAUUGUUCCUUGCGGUAUUACUGCAAAAACAACUGUACAAGAGCGAGAAACUCUCUUGUCCGCUGCUCAUUCUGUAUUCGAAUUAUUAAAUAAGUCUAAUAAACAAUUUCGUGUACACUGUGAUGAUCGUGAUAAUGUAUCACCUGGAUGGAAAUUUAAUCAUUGGGAAUUAAAAGGGGUUCCUAUUCGCUUAGAAAUUGGUCCACAGGAAGUAGCUGAUAAAAAAGUUUGUUUAGUCCUUCGACAUACUGGUGAAAGAGUAAAUGUACCCAUGGAUUCUCUUAUUAAUGAACUACCUCGUAUUCUUGAUGAUAUUCAUAAUGCAAUGUUUAACAAAGCAACAAAAUCAUUAGCUAGUCAUGUUAUGCCUGUGAAUGAUAUAAAUGAAUUAUGUACAGCUUUGGAUCAAAAGUCGCUUGUUUUAGCUCCAUUUUGCUGUGAUAGAGAUUGUGAAGAAGUCAUUAAGCAUGAAUCAGCCAGAAAUGUCAUUGUUGAACCUGGUGCACCAGCUAUGGGGGCAAAAAGUUUAUGCAUCCCGUUCGCUUGUGAUUUUAAUCCAACAUUGGUUUGUGGUAGUCCCGCUCCUGAUACACCAUGUUUCAAUCGCCAAUACUGUUCUCGUAAAGCAAUUUCUUAUACAUUGUUCGGUAGAAGUUACUAA